AUGCAGUGCAAGUACCUGAACAUGAAGCUCCACUGUGUGAUCCUGGGCGCUCUCCUUCUCCUGCUGCUGGGGGGCUGUGGCAGCACACUCAAGACCUCUGCCAUCGACCUGAGGACCUUCAUUGGCUGCGCCGUGCGAGAAUUCACCUUCCUGGCCAAGAAACCCGGGUGCCGGGGGCUGAGGGUGACCACGGACGCGUGCUGGGGGCGCUGCGAGACCUGGGAGAAACCGAUCCUGGAGCCGCCUUACAUCGAGUCCCACCACCGGAUCUGCACCUACAACGAGACCAAGAUGGUGACGGUGAAGCUGCCCAAGUGUGCCCCUGGCGUGGAUCCCUUCUACACCUACCCCGUGGCCAUCCGGUGUGACUGUGACAUCUGCUCCACCGCCACCACCGAGUGUGAGACUUACUGA